AUGUUUCUUCUUUUUUAUGUUUAUUUUCUGUUUCUUUUUUCUCUUUUUUCUUUUCGUCCGUUUUUACACACAAACUCUUUCUUUCUUUCUUUCUUUCUUUCUCGUCUGUUUCUUCUUUUUUAUAUUUAUAUUCUUUUUCCUUUUUUAUCUUUUUUCUUUUCCUUCGUUUUUACUCACAAAUUCUUUCUUUCUUUCUUUCUUUCUUUCUCGUCAUGUUUCUUCUUUUUUAUGUUUAUUUUCUGUUUCUUUUUUCUCUUUUUUCUUUUCCUCCGUUUUUACACACAAACUCUUUCUUUCUUUCUUUCUUUCUCGUCUGUUUCUUCUUUUUUAUAUUUAUAUUCUUUUUCCUUUUUUAUCUUUUUUCUUUUCCUCCGUUUUUACUCACAAAUUCUUUCUUUCUUUCUUUCUUUCUUUCUUUCUUUCUCGUCAUGUUUCUUCUAUUUUAUGUUUAUGUUCUGUUUCUUUUUUCGCUUUAUUCUUUUGCUCCGUUUUUGCUCACAAAAUCUUUCUUUCUUUCUUUCUUUCUUCCUUUCUUUCUUUCUUUCUUUCUUUCUUUCUUUCUUUCUUUCUUUCUUUCAUUCUUUCUCGUCAUGUUUCUUCUUUUUUAUGUUUAUGGUCUUUUUCGUUUUUCUCUUUUUUCUUUUCCUCCGUUUUUACUCACAAAUUUUUUCUUUCUUUCUUUCUUGUCAUGCUUUUCGUUUUUCUUUCUUAUAUUUAUUUUUGUUUCUCUUUUUUCUUUUCAUCAGUUUUUACUCACAACUUCUUUCUUUCGUUUCUGUUGUAUUUUUCUUUUUUCAUUCUUAUGUUUAUUUUCUAUUCUUUCUUUCUUUUUUUGACAUGUUUUACAUUUUUCUUUAUGUUUAUUUUUUCUCUUUUUUCCUUUCCUCCGUUUUUACUCAGAAAUCCUUUCUGUCUUUCUUUCUUUUCUUUCCUUCUCAUCAGGUUUUUCGUUUUUACUCACAAACUCUUUCUUUCUUUCUUUCUUUUCAUGUUUUUCGUUUUUCUUAUAUUUAUUUUUGUUUCUUUUCUUUUUUUCUGCUCUCUUUUACUCACAAACACUUUCUUUGUUUCUUUCUUUCUUUUCAUGUUUUUCCAUUUUCUUUAUUUUUUACUCACAAAUUCUUUCUUUCUUUCUCGUCAUGUUUCUUCUUUUUUCUUUCUCAUAUUCAUUUUCUGUUUCUUUUUUCUCUUUUUUCUUUUCAUCCAUUUUUACUCACAAAUUCUUUCUUUCUUUCUUACUUUCAAAAUUUCCGACGCAUUUAUACUUUUAUACUCUUUCUCUUUUCUUCCUUCCCUUUUUUCUUGAUUUUAUAUUUCGUCUUCCCUCUUCUCUCUCUUCCUCCCUCUUGCCUUUGUUUUGGAUUUCUCUAUUCCGUUCCUCCUCCUCCUCUUACUACUUCUCUUCUCUAUACUUCUCCAACUAUUUUUUCUUUUCUUUUAUAUUUCGUUCGAUCUUUCCCUAGUUCCUCUCUUCCACCUCCUCAUACUAAUACUCCAUUUAUUCAACCAACUCUCACUUCUCUUCUUCUCUCCCCUAACUUUUUCCUCUCUACUCUUCCUUUUUUUCCUCCUUCUUCCUAUGUCUUUCCAUUCACACUUCUUCUUCUUCUUCUUCAUUUUUCUUUGUUUCUACUUCCUACUUCUUUUCUAUCUCCUCAUACUACUACAUCUUUUCAACGCCCUCUCAUUUCUGUUCCUCUCUCCACUACCUCUGUUCUGACUCCUCUUUCAUUUCCCCCCUUCUUCCUAUAUAUUUCUAUUCGCCCUUCUCUUUCUGUUCUUUUCCUUCCUUCAGAUGGCAUAUUCUAG